CCAUCCCACUCACACCACCACCACUACCAUUUUAAAACUCUCCCUAUUUCCUCCAAUCACCGCCGCCACAACCACUGCAUAUUGUAUCGAUUCCAACGCACAACCUGCUAUUGCUGGUGUUCCAUCUAUUUCUCGAGAUUUUUCAAUCAAGUUAUGGAAUCGAUGAUCGCAGACCUGGAAUCGAAUCAUCAGCGGAAGAAGCGGAGAAAACUCGAUGACGAUCACAACAACGACGGGAACAAACUGUUAAAGAGAAGGUGGAGGACGCAGAGAGACCAGCAGAUCUACUCCGAGAAGCUUCUGGAGGCUCUUCGGAGAACUCGACGAGGAACUACACCGACGGCGAAGACAUCCAGAGGCCGAGAGAUAAGGGAAACGGCAGACCGAGUACUGGCCACUUCCGCUAAGGGCACGACUCGGUGGAGUCGGGCAAUUCUGGCGAGUCGAAUGGGUAGGUUGAGGGUUAGGAAGCGAAGGCGCGCGAGAGUGAUUGGCGAAUGCCGGUUGAAGGGGAAGGAGGAGUUGGCGGGAGUGAAGAGGAAGUUACCGGCUGCAGAGAGGAAAGUGAAGGUCCUUGGGCGGUUGGUUCCGGGUUGCCGGAAAUUGUCGUUUACGAGUCUUCUAGAUGAAGCCAGCGAUUAUAUUGCGGCUUUGGAGAUGCAGGUGCGAGCCAUGACCAGUCUCACUCAGAUUCUCUCCGGCGCGCCGUUGAACGCUGAUGGUUAAGCCACGACUCCCUUACGAAAGGUGUUAUUUAUUUUCUAUUAACUUCGUUUUUUUUUUUCCCUUCUUUAUUUUUAGUUCAUGUAUUUUUACUAUUCUAUUGUAUACAUGACUUCUUUCUUUUCUCUUGGUGCUUAAAUUUUUUGAUUUUAUUUUUCUGAGAUUGUUAAAAUUUAUGUUUUAAUUGAAUUGGAUGUGUUAUUAA